AUGAUUGGAUCUAAAAUUAAUAUCCCAAAAAAAGGGUUCGAUUUUAGCAAUUACCAACGAAAUAAUUAUCUUCUAUCUGAAGGAAUUACUCCACCACCUACUAUUUCUACAGGAACAACAAUUGUCGGUGUUUCAUACAAAAAUGGAGUAUGCAUUGCUGCAGAUACACGAGCAACAAUGGGUCCUAUAGUGAUGGAUAAAAAUUGCAAGAAACUACAUAAAAUUUCUCAAAAAAUAUGGGCAGCAGGAGCAGGAACAGCAGGAGAUAUUGACUUUGUCACUUCUUUGAUUUCUUCACAAAUUGAACUCCAUGCAUUAUAUACAGGACGGGAACCACGUGUUAUUACAGCAUUAACAAUGCUGAAACAACAUCUUUUCAAAUAUCAAGGCUAUAUAGGCGCUUAUCUUAUCGUUGCUGGUAUUGAUCCUACAGGAUCCCAUUUAUUCACUGUUUCUGCACAUGGAAGUACGGACAAGCUCCCAUUUGUUACAAUGGGAAGCGGUAGUCUUGCAGCAAUGUCUGUUCUUGAAACAAGAUAUAAAGCUGAUAUGGUUAAACAAGAAGCAAUGGACCUCUGUAAAGAUGCUAUUUUGGCAGGUAUUUUUAACGAUUUAGGGUCAGGAAGCAACGUGGACAUGGCUACCAUAGAAAAAGAAAAGACACAAUUUUAUCGCAACUAUCUUAAACCGAACGAACGGGUACCUAAAGAACAAUCAUAUAAAUUUAAAAGAGGAACUACUGCAGUUAUUAAAAAAGAUGUCAAAAAAUAUGUUAUUAUUUCAGAUAUUAUUGAUGAAAUGGAAAUUGACAAAUAA